UCAAGGAUUUUGAUGAUAAAAGCAACAUAUCAACUUCAAUGGAGUUUGUUCUCUUACUAUGCCUUCUUUCUUUACUGGUUUCUACACCUUCAGCAGAUUCAAAUGACUGGUUAAGCCAUGGUGGAAACAUACUGAACAGGAGAUACGCCAACAAUGAACACAAGAUAAGACCGGAAACUGUUUCCAAACUGAGAUUGAAAUGGAAAUUCAAUGCCGGAAGAGACAUCACCGCGACGCCGUCGGUUUUCGAUGGAGCAGUUUAUUUCCCAAGUUGGGAUGGAUAUCUCUAUGCGGUCAAAGAAUCCGAUGGAUCUCUUAUUUGGAAACAAAAUUUGCAACAGUUGACCGGCAUUAAUUCUACUGGAGUUAUAUUCAAUGUUAAUGUCACAGCUUCAAGAACAACGCCGACCAUUGCUGAUGAUUUGCUGAUCAUCGGGGUCAGUGGACCGGCUUAUGCUGUUGCUGUGAAGCGAUCCAAUGGGGAGCUUGCUUGGUCAACCCUGCUCGAUGCAAACCCAGCUGGUACCAUCACCAUGUCUGGAACUUACUACAAUGGGAAUUUCUACGUGGGCAUAUCUUCACAGGAGGAAGAGCUAAGCGUCGAAGAAUGUUGCAUCUUUCGUGGAAGCUUCGUCAAAAUAAACGCAAAAACCGGAAAAAUAUUGUGGCAAACCUUCAUGUUACCCGACAAUUUCGGCAAUCGUGGCGAAUACGCAGGUGCUGCCAUUUGGGGCAGCAGUCCACCGAUCGACGUCGAUAGAAACCUCGUCUACAUUGCCACCGGGAAUCUCUACUCGGCACCCCAAAACAUAACCGAUUGCCAAGAGAGACAAAACAAUCAAACCCAAGUUCCUCCUACUCAUACGGAUGAGUGUGUUGAGCCCGAUAACCACUCAGAUUCAUUCCUGGCCCUUGACUUGGACACUGGAAACAUCAAGUGGUUCCAUCAACUUGGAGGCUAUGAUGUUUGGUUCUUUGCCUGUAAUAAUCUUUCCGUUCCCGAUUGUCCUCCGGGUCCAAACCCUGAUGCUGAUUUCGGUGAAGCGCCGAUGAUGCUACGCAUAGACGUGAAUGGAACUAAGAAAGACGUUGUUGUUGCAGUACAAAAAAACGGAUUUGCAUGGGCUUUGGAUCGCGAUGAUGGCAAUAUUAUAUGGUCUACUGAAGCUGGACCUGGUGGUCUCGGCGGAGGCGGAACAUGGGGCGCCGCCACAGAUGAAAAGAGGGUUUACACCAACAUAGCUAACUCCGACGCCAUAAAUUUCACCCUGAAACCAUCUACAAGGAACACUACUGCCGGUGGAUGGGUGGCAAUGGAUGCUAAUAAUGGACAAAUCCUUUGGUCAACGGGCGACCCUAACAAUGGUACAGCGAGUGGGCCUGUGACAGUGGCUAAUGGGGUCUUUUUUGGUGGUUCAACAUACAGGGAAGGACCAGUGUAUGCAAUGGAUGCUAAGAAUGGAGAAAUUUUAUGGUCAUAUAAUACUGGAGCAACUGUUUUCGGUGGGAUGUCUGUGAGCGAUGGGUGCAUUUUCGUUGGCCAUGGAUAUAGGGUUAGUAUUGGAAGCUCGAACCCCAAUUACACCUCUGGAAAUUCACUUUUUGCUUUCUGUAUCUUUUAA